CCACCAGACUCGGUUUUUCUGCCAUUUCCUCCUGCUUUUUUCAAAUAUUUGAGGAGCAACUUACCAUGGCUUUCGUGUUCAAGAGAGGCCGCAAAGAAGAAGUGAAAUUUGACAAGAUCACGGCAAGGAUAAACAAGCUCUGUUAUGGCCUUGACCUCAACUAUGUCGAGCCGAUCGAGGUUGCCAAAAAGGUCAUUGCAGGUGUAUACCAAGGUGUCACAACUGUCGAACUCGAUAACCUUGCCGCCGAGACGGCAGCAUAUCUUACUACGAAGCACCCUGAUUACGCUGUCCUCGCUGCGCGUAUCGCUAUAUCAAAUCUCCACAAGGAGACCAAGAAGAACUUCUCCACUGUCGUGAAAGACCUCCAUGAAUAUAUCAAUCCUAAGAAUGGAAAGUCUGCCAGUUUGAUUGCCGAUGAUGUAUACGACGUCGUGCUAAAGAAUGCUGCUCGUCUUGACUCUGCAAUCAUUUACGAUCGUGACUUUAGCUACAACUACUUCGGGUUUAAGACCCUCGAACGGUCGUACCUUCUCAGGAUCAAUGGCCGUGUUGCCGAACGUCCCCAACAUAUGAUCAUGCGUGUCGCUGUAGGCAUCCACAAGACUGAUAUCGAGAGUGUCAUUGAGACAUACAACCUUAUGUCUGAACGAUUCUUUACGCACGCGUCACCAACUCUGUUCAAUGCUGGCACUCCUCACCCCCAACUAAGCUCGUGCUUCUUGGUUUGCAUGAAAGACGACUCCAUAGAGGGUAUCUAUGAUACCCUCAAGACUUGUGCCAUGAUCAGCAAGACCGCAGGUGGAAUUGGCUUGAGCAUUCAUUGUAUUCGUGCUACUGGCUCGUACAUUGCUGGAACAAAUGGCUACUCGAACGGUAUUGUCCCUAUGCUCCGCGCGUAUGAUGCCACGGCACGCUAUGUCGAUCAAGGUGGCAACAAGCGACCGGGAGCUUUCGCGAUUUAUCUUGAACCAUGGCAUCCUGAUGUGUUUGAUUUCCUCGACCUGAGGAAGAACCAUGGUAAAGAGGAGUCACGCGCCCGUGAUUUGUUCUACGCGCUGUGGAUUUGUGACCUGUUUAUGAAACGCGUCGAGUCUAAUGAAAAUUGGUCACUGUUCUGCCCCAACGAAGCGCCUGGUCUUCACGAGGUUCACGGCGAGGAAUUCGAAGCCCUCUAUGAGAAGUACGAGAAAGAGGGGCGCGCCCACAAGGUCGUUCCAGCUCAGAAGCUGUGGUAUGCUAUUCUUGAAGCUCAGAUUGAGACUGGUGGACCUUUCAUGGUCUACAAAGACGCCGCUAACCGCAAAUCGAACCAAAAGAACUUGGGCACCAUCAAGUCAUCCAACUUGUGCACUGAGAUCAUAGAGUACUCGUCGCCAGAGGAAACCGCUGUCUGUAACCUUGCCUCGCUCGCCCUGCCUACUUUCAUCUCGAACGGCAAAUACGAUUUCCAAAAGCUUCAUGACGUUGCAAAGGUCGUCACCCGCAACCUCAAUCGCAUCAUCGAUGUAAAUUAUUACCCCGUUCCGGAGGCUCGCACUUCCAACAUGCGCCAUCGCCCCAUUGGUCUCGGUGUACAGGGUCUCGCAGAUGCUUUCAUGAUUCUCCGUCUGCCAUUUGACUCACCCGAGGCAAGGCAACUCAAUCUCCAGAUCUUUGAGACCAUCUAUCAUGCCGGACUCGAGGCCAGCUGUGAGGAAGCUGAAAGGGAUGGACCAUACGAGACUUUCAGGGGUAGUCCCGCCGAUCUCGGUCAAUUGCAAUAUGAUCUCUGGGGUGUCACGCCCACUGACCUCUGGGACUGGACGAGUCUCAAGGAAAAGAUCGCACACACUGGAUUGCGUAAUUCGUUGUUGGUUGCACCCAUGCCAACUGCAUCAACCAGUCAAAUUCUCGGUUUCAAUGAAUGUUUCGAGCCCUACACUAGUAAUAUCUACACUCGUCGUGUUCUUGCUGGUGAAUUCCAGGUCGUAUGUCCCUGGUUGCUCAGGGAUCUUGUCGACCGUGGGCUCUGGAAUGAUGACAUGAAGAACAUGAUCAUUGCUCAUAAUGGCUCCGUCGCCAACAUUCCCAGCAUACCCACCGAUAUCAAAGCUAUUUACAAAACCGUUUGGGAGAUCUCGCAGAAAAAAGUCAUCGACCUGGCUGCCGACCGUGGAGCGUUCAUUUGCCAAAGCCAGAGUCUGAAUAUUCACUUGCAGUCGCCUACCAUAGGCCAGCUGACGAGUAUGCACUUCUAUGGGUGGAAGAAAGGCCUUAAGACUGGCAUGUACUAUUUGCGCACUCGUCCAGCGGCGCAAGCCGUUCAGUUCACUGUCGACCAGAGCGUGCUCAAAGCAGCCAAGGCGCAACAGGGCGAAUCCGACAAGGCUGCCACUGGCAUUCCUACACCUUCCGCAUCUCCAUCCCCUCUUCGUCGAGUCCCUCCACCAUCCAAUUCGAACGACAACCCUGUUGCGUCCAGUUCGUCGGGGCCCAGUGAAGCUACCGACGUCGACCCCGAGUACGCCGCUGCCCUUCAGCGUCAAAGGGAUCGUGAACUUGAAGAGGCAAAAAUGUUGUGCUCGCUAGAGAACAAGGAGGCCUGUCUCAUGUGCUCUGGUUGAUGGAGCGGGCAUGUAGUUGAUGUGGUCCAAUAUUCAUUUGCAUCGUCGAAAGUUAUUCAUCCUGGUUUGUUUGUUACCCGCAUUUUGUUUACAUUUCUAGGCACGAUUGUAUACCAGCUGUUGUAAUUGUAAUGAAAUAGAUGGAUUUCGGUCUGUCA